AUGCAGCUCAAGCACGAAGAGACCACCGGCAGCCCGGGCCUGGCCGUCGACCAGCCCGCCGCGGCGGCACUUAAGCAGCUCCCGGCCACCACGGCGGCCCUGGCCUCGAUCAACGGCCCGACGUAUGCCACGGCCCAGCUGCUUGUGCAGCAGGUCGCCUACAAGCUGUCCGACAAGAUCUUUGCCUACUCGCCCGAGACGUUCGACCUGGACGUCGCCGCCCGCUACUGGGAGAGCCAGCAGGAGAAGAACGUCCACGGCUACCCGACCACCGUCGUGCCGCUGCAGACCCGCGCCGGCGCCGGCGCCUUUGCUCUGGGCUAUCUCUUCUCCGAGGACUUUGACAAGAGCAAACGCACGUUCCCCCAGACCCUGGUGGCCCCCACGGCCAGCCUGCGCAGCCUGCGUGCCGCCCUCGACCAGCUGUCGCUGCUGUACGGCGUCGCCAGUCCCUUUGUGGCCCACGUCGCGGCCCUCGACUACGCGGCCCAGGACGGCCUUGUCGGCGACUACAGCGCCGCUCUGCAGACCGCCGAGGAGCUGGGUCUCGCUCUCGUGGCCAGCACGUCGGCCGCCGAGGCCCAGCACAUGGCCCUCUUCGCCACGCUCGCCGCCCGGAUCCUGCCGACGCUGCACGUCUACGACGGCCUGCGCACCGCCCGCGAGACCGUCCGCGUGACGGACGCUCUCAGCGAGGCCCACGUUGCCGAGGCGUUUGCGCGCCUGUCGGCCCUGCACGACGAGCGCGGCGCCCUGAGCAAGCGUCUCGACCACGCCGGCCAGCUCCUCGAGCUGCUGCAGGCCUUCAACCGCGAGCUGGGCACCUCCUACCAGCCGUUUGAGUACCACGGCCACGACGACGCCGAGUCGGUCCUUGUCGCCUUUGGCAGCGUCGAGGCCCAGCUGGCGGCCCACACCGUCGCGCGCCUGGCCGUCCAGGGCCACAAGGUGGGCGCCGUCCACGUGCGCCUCUACCGCCCCUUUAUCGAGGAGGCUUUCCUGAGCGUCCUGCCCCCGACGGUCCGCCGCAUGGCCGUGCUUGGCCAGGUCCAGAACGAGGCCGCCGUCCACGAGGGCUCUGUGCAGUCGGCUCUGUACGCCGACGUGCUUGCCACCGUGGCCUUUGCCAGCAGCAGGUGGACCAACACCCCUGCGAUUGUCGACGUCAAGUACGCCGCCGCCGACGCGCCCACGCCUGCGUUCAUCUCGUCUGUCCUGCAGACCCUCACCGGCAAGCCCGGUGUCCAGGCGUCGCAGUACGCCGUCUCGCUCGUCCCCGAGCACGUCCAGCAGUACACCUUUUAUGACGUCGACACCUCGGCCGCGCUCGCUGCGCCGGUGUCCAUUGCCCGCGUCGUUGCCGAGCAGCCCGGCGCGCACGUCUCGACCCACAACGUCCACGACAACCUGGUCCAGGGCGGCGUCGUCCGGACCGACAUCCGCAAGGCCGACAAGGCGCCUGUGAGCAGCGCCCCCUUCGCCGUGGACGCCGCCGACGUCACAGUCGUUGGCGAGGAGAAGCUGCUCAAGGACAUUGACAUCCUGGCCGGCGCCAAGCCCGCCUCGGCCCUGAUUGUCCGCCUGCCCAACUUCAAGGCCGAGGACGCCGAGAAGCGCCUGCCCGCCAACGUGCGCCAGGCCCUGCGCCUGAAGCAGGUGCGCCUCUAUGCGCUCGACACGGCCGCCGUUCCGGCGGCUGAGCCGCACAGCAAGGUCCUCCUGGAGCAGGCGUUCCUGCAGGUCGCCCACCCCGAGCUGGCGGCCGACGACCUCGUGCGCCUCGCCGCGGCCGUCAACGACGCCGCGGCUGCCCGCGCCUGCGCCGAGGCUCUGCCGCAGGCCCUGGUCGCCGUGGAGGUGCCCGCGUCGUGGGCCGAGGUGCCCGCCGACUACGUCGCCCCCUCUGCGCUCGUCAAGACGCUCAAGCCCUCGAGCUUCGCCGUCUUUGACAAGACCGAGGUAGAGCCGGCCACCGCGACCAGCGACUGGCAGGCUGCCGCCAAGGGCCUUGCCUUCAAGGAGGCGUACGGCACGCAGACGGCCGUGCGCCCGGACCUGCCCGUCCACACGGCCGUUGUCACCGUCGCCGAGAACCGCCGCCUGACGCCGCUCGAGUACGAGCGCAACAUCUUCCACAUUGAGUUUGACCUCGGCACGUCGGGUCUCACCUACCAGAUCGGCGAGGCGCUCGGUGUGCACGCCGACAACGACACCGCCCUGGUGGAGGAGUUCAUUGCCUUUUACGGCCUGGACGCGGACGCCCUGGUGCAGGUGCCGUCGCGCGAGGACGCCGCCGCCCUCGAGACGCGCACCGUCUACCAGGCCCUCGUGCAGAACGUCGACAUCCUCGGCAAGCCGCCCAAGCGCUUCUACGAGGCCCUGGCCGCCUUCGCCACCGACGACGCCGAGCGCGCCAAGCUGACGGCCUUGGGCGGCAAGGAGGGCGCCGCGGCCUUCAAACAGUACAGCGAGGUCGACACCGUCUCGUACGUCGACGUGCUGCAGGAGUUCCAGUCGGCCCACCCGGCCGUGGAGGACCUGGUGCGCAUCGUCGCGCCGUCCAAGCGCCGCGAGUACUCCAUCGCGUCGGCCCAGGCCGUCACCCCGACGACCGUCGCGCUCAUGAUUGUCGUCGUCGACUGGGUCGACUCGCGCGGCCGCAAGCGCUACGGCAACGCCUCGCGCUACCUGUCGCUGCUGCGCCCGGGCGCCCAGGUCACCGUGUCCGUCAAGCCCUCCGUCAUGAAGCUGCCCGCCCUCGCCACCACCCCGCUCAUCUUGGCCGGCCUCGGCACCGGCCUGGCGCCCUUCCGCGCCUUUGUGCAGUACCGCGCCAUGCAAAAGGCCCGCGGCGAGGCCAUUGGCAGCAUCCUGCUCUUCAUGGGCUCGCGCCACCAGCGCGAGGAGUACCUCUACGGCGAGGAGUGGGAGGCGUACGUGGACGCCGGCGUCGUCACGCUGCUGGGCGCGGCCUUUUCGCGCGACCAACCCGAGAAGAUUUACAUCCAGGACCGCAUGCGCCAGAGCAUGGACGCCGUCAUCCAGGCCUACAUCCACGAGGAGGGCUCCUUCUUCCUCUGCGGCCCCACCUGGCCGGUGCCCGACCUGACGGACGUCCUAAUGGAGUCCAUCGCCAAGGAGGCCAAGGCCAGCGGCCGCAAGGUCGACCCGCACAAGGAGAUUGACCGCCUCAAGGAGAACGGCCGCUACGUCCUGGAGGUGUAUUAG